UGCUACAAGCGUCAAAACGUAGACGCACGAGCCCAUACUGACCAUUCUCACACAGACUGACAAGGUAAAUACAACAGACUCGGCGCCUUCACAUCAGAAACCAAGAGGCGUAUAAGUAACGGAGAGAUCCUAACAAAACAAACACAACCAAGAACCUCACCAGAUUUGCCAACUAACCAUGGUGGACAAAAUGGCCUCUUUUGGACAUGCGCUGCUGCGCCGUCGUGUGCUGGACUGCUCUGGGGAAGAAACGCGGUUCGCACGUUGUCUGUCCACUCUAGAUCUGGUGGCGCUCGGCGUCGGCUCCACACUUGGCGCUGGAGUGUAUGUGCUGGCUGGGGAGGUUGCGAGAGAGAAGGCAGGUCCUGCUAUCGUUUUAUGCUUCCUUGUGGCCGCACUUUCCUCCAUGCUUGCCGGACUGUGCUAUGCGGAGUUCGGCGCACGAGUCCCUAAGACUGGGUCUGCGUACUUGUACAGCUAUGUGACAGUGGGAGAAAUCUGGGCCUUCAUCACUGGUUGGAACCUCAUCCUCUCUUAUGUUAUAGGUACAGCUAGUGUGGCACGAGCUUGGAGCUCUACGUUCGAUAACCUGAUCGAGCAGAAGAUCUCUAAUUUCUUCAGGGCAUCCAUGGCCAUGAAGGUUCCUGGAAAAGUUCUUGCAGAAUAUCCAGACCUGUUUGCCCUCAUUCUCAUCCUGCUACUCACUGGACUGCUUGCUUUUGGUGUGAGUGAGUCUGCUCUGGUAAACAAGAUCUUCACUGGGAUCAACCUGAUCGUGCUAGGCUUUGUCAUCAUCUCUGGCUUUGUCAAAGGCAACACAGCCAACUGGAACCUCACAUAUGAGGACUUUGUCAACGAUACAAACAUCACCGAACCAGAAUGGGUCGAAAGCACAUUUGGAAGUGGCGGUUUCGCGCCGUUCGGCCUCGGCGGCAUCUUAUCUGGCGCGGCCACCUGUUUCUACGCCUUUGUGGGCUUUGAUUGCAUUGCUACAACAAGUGAGGAAGCCAAGAACCCGAUGCGCUCUAUUCCCGUUGGCAUCGUGGCCUCUUUGCUCAUUUGCUUCUUUGCUUACUUUGGUGUGUCAGCUGCUCUUACGCUCAUGAUGCCCUACUACAAACUCAACACACAGAGUCCUCUGCCCGAGGCCUUUAGUUACGUGGGCUGGGCACCGGCACGCUAUAUUGUAGCUGUUGGUUCACUCUGUGCCCUUUCGACAAGUCUGUUAGGCUCCAUGUUCCCCAUGCCUCGGGUGAUCUACGCUAUGGCAGAGGACGGGCUGCUCUUCCGUUCCCUCUCCAGGAUGAACAAGAGAACCAAAACUCCUCUGCUGGCGACUGUCGUGUCUGGAAUAGUGGCAUCUCUCAUGGCGUUUCUGUUUGAUUUGGCUGCUUUGGUUGAUCUCAUGUCCAUUGGGACAUUGCUUGCUUACUCUCUGGUGGCCGUGUGUGUUCUCAUCCUCAGAUAUCAGCCGGGCAUCUUGAGCUCUUCCAGUCAGACUGAGAAACUGGUCGAACUGGUUGGUGGGGAGAAGGUGGCUGUAUGUGGAGAUAGUGGAGAUGAAUAUGGCAUAGACCUGGAUGACAAUCCCCGCAAAGAGAAAUUCUCCCUGAAACUCCUCCUGGUUCCCUCCAAAGACUCGCCAACUGAAAUGUCAGGAACUAUUGUCUACGGCACAACUGCUGUUAUCUCUGUGCUGAUCACCGUGUUGUGCAUGGUUUUGGCUCUGCGUCUGGAAGCCAUCGUGAAUCUCGAGAUCGUGUGGGUGACGGCGUGUGUCAUUCUGGUCCUGCUGUGCAUCCUGUGUGUCAUUGUGAUCUGUAGGCAGCCUGAGAGCAAGGAAGCUCUCACCUUCAAGGUACCUCUGUUGCCCUGUCUUCCUCUGUUCAGUAUCUUCGUCAACAUCUAUCUCAUGAUGCAGCUGGACAUGGCCACCUGGUGCCGUUUCGCCGUGUGGAUGGGAGUCGGUUUCGCAAUCUACUUCGGCUACGGCAUCCAGAACAGCUCCCUCCGAAAAUACGAACCGGCCCUUCAGAACAAAAGCCCCAUAUAUCUAGACGGUGAGGAGAGUGAAGUGGAGGGCAUUUCUCCAUGAUAGAGAAAGUACAAAUACAUAUUUUUGUUGAAGUUACAGAUUUGUUGUGAAAAUCAUGGCUUAUUUUUUGUAAAAACUGCCCCAAAAAGGAUUUUUCAUCCUCUUGAAAUGAUCAGGUUCUUCUUAAAAUACCCAGAUUUACCUA